AUGGGCAAUGCCAACACCAGUAGCUCUACUAUUAGUUUUGAGGCACUGACUCAGAAUCGUCAUGGAGAUUGGGUGGUUCGGGUUAAUGGCCAUUUGAUCGGGUUUUGGCCGGAAACAAACUCCGACGGUGAAUUUGGGCUAGCGAAUGAGGUUCACUGGGGAGGAAAGGUUUUGGACUCGAGAAGAUGGGGAAGGCACACCAAGACCAGAAUGGGCAGCGGGCAUUCCUCAGAACAGGGGAUAAUUAAAAGCAUGACCCUAUAUGACCCCGACUACCAACCUUAUGAUCCUCCUCAUCAACUUAAUGUUUUCAUGACCAAUCCCGGCUGCUAUAACGUCACAUACUGGCAGGAUGAAUCAGAUGGCCACUACAUAACCGUGGGCGGACCAGGAUUUACCGCGACUAAUAGUUGCCUUUGA